UCGAAUAUUUUUAUAGGUGGCAUAUUACUCCUCACAUGUGUGGAAGCUGCAAAUAAACCAAUAUGUCGCUCGCAUUCAACUUGUACUAAACAUGGCAAAUUUGCAUCAAUACUGUUUGGAGAUAUUGGAUUCUGUACCUGUAAUGGGGGUUAUACUGGAGACUGUUGCGAAAAAAAUAUUGACGAAUGCCAUAGUAAUCCUUGUCAGCAUGGUGGUACCUGUCAUGAUAAAGCUAAUGGAUACACUUGCUCAUGUAGAAAGGGAUAUACUGGAACAGUAUGUCAAACAAACAUAAACGAAUGUGCAAGUCGACCAUGUCUAAACCACGGGCAUUGCCAUGAUGGGAUAAAUGCAUACACAUGUAACUGUCAGGCUGGAUUUGCUGGACAUCGUUGCGAGACAAAUAUAAACGAGUGUGCCACACACCCGUGCCUGCACGGUGGUACGUGUCAUGACGGUGUAAAUAAGUACACCUGUACCUGUCCACUAGGGUAUGGUGGAACAAGAUGUCAAACAAAUAUAAACGAGUGUACUAGCAAUCCGUGCUUACAUGGUGGUACCUGUCAUGAUGGUGUGAAUAAAUACACAUGCACCUGUCCACUCGGGUAUGCUGGUACACGUUGCGAGUCAGACAUAAAUGACUGUGCCAAAACACCCUGUCUGCAUGGCGGCACAUGUCAUGACGGUUUAAAUAAGUACACCUGCACAUGUCGACGAGGUUAUGCUGGAACAAGAUGUGAAACAAAUAUAAAUGAUUGUGCUCGUCGUCCAUGUAAACAUGGUGGUGUUUGUCGUGACGGAGUGAAUAAGUACACAUGUAGCUGUGCGAGUGGAUAUGCUGGUGUCAAUUGUGAAACAGAUAUAAAUGAGUGCAGUAGCAAUCCGUGUCAACACAGAGGUGUAUGCAAUGAUGGAGUAAAUAAAUACACAUGUAGGUGUCAGGCUGGCUUUGUCGGUGUGCACUGUGAAAAGAAUAUUGACGAAUGUGUAAGUAAUCCUUGUCAAUACGGUACGUGUCAUGAUGGAAUCAAUGGCUAUACCUGUUCCUGUAAAGAUGGAUUUCAUGGUGUUAACUGUGAGAAAGAAAUUGACGAAUGUGCUUCUCAUCCAUGUCAGAAUGGUGCCACCUGUGUUGAUCAGUUUAAUGGAUACACAUGCGAAUGCCUUGCAGGAGACUCCGGUAAAAACUGUGAAUUAGGGACAACGGUACCCGAAACUCCAAAAAUAAACUUGAUAUCGGAGAAGACUGUUAUUGAAGGCACCCCUGUUUUAAAAAUUGCAUGUUUUGCUGAAGGUAUUCCUGCACCUGUAGUUACUUGGGAGGAAAUUGAUGCCAAGUUCCAGCCAAACGUUAGACAGAUAGGACACUUCCUGGUUAUUGAAAAUGUAACAAUAUCAGAUAAAGGUUAUUAUACAUGUACAGCUAAAAACCGUGUCGGGACCGACAUAAAAGCUGUCAGCGUUAUUGUUACUUCACAGACCACAAGACCAUAUGUUGCACCAGUUAUUUCUGCACCAUCAACAGUAAUCGUGAAAUACUACACUGAUGCUAGGCUGGUAUGCAAUGUAACUGGAUAUCCAACACCAAGUGUUAGAUGGGAAUAUAAUCAGGACAGAAAUAUUCCUGGUGUUAAAAUAUCAGGUGGUGUCAUGCUAAUUUCAAAUGUUACAAGUGGGGCUACUGGUCUAUACACAUGCAUAGCUACAAAUGAUAUCGGAUCAAGUCGAGCAAAUAUAAUGCUAGAAGCUACUUAUGAUUCUCCGACACUCCUUACGUCUCCUUUGGUUUAUUCGGGAAAUGCAGGUAUAUCCCAUAACUUCACCUGUUCUGCGACAGGCCAUCCAGUUCCCAUAAUAACAUGGACGUUCUCAUCAUUUUCUCAUCAAAUUGAUACACUGCCUCCACAUAAGAUACAUAGUAAUGGUGAUGUAAUAGAGAUGGUUGAUAUGCAAGAGUCUGGAAUCCUUACUUGUACAGCAACAAAUGAAUUUGGAGUGGAUACCGCAAAAGCAACAGUUAUUGUUCACCACAGCUCCGCAGUAGUAGGAUGAUAAUCACAGUCCAGAUACAGAUUAUUCAAGGAAUGUUUUUUUUUAAUAAAAUACAAUUAUAUAACCAUGAUAACAGUAAAAAGUGUAUUUAGAAACAACGUAAUUCUAGGGGGAAAUGAAGCUCUUUUUUCGGGAUUUACUUUCAACAGGAAUGUUCAAAGCCUAAUUUUUGAAAGAAGAUGUAUAAGACAGUCAAAGAGCUAUAUAACCAAACAAAGACCAAACAAAAUAGCAAAAUCCAU